AUGUUCCUCACCCUCACGCUGUUGCGGAAAGGCAUCCCUGGGAAACAGUGGAUCGGGAAGUAUCGGCGUCCACGACAAAUUACAUGGCAGAUGAAACGCAAUACGCUGAAGCAUCUGGAGCGUGAGGCGGAGAACGAAUACUGGAUCAGCCGGCCGUACAUGACUGCGGAGCAGGAGUACUGCCACGCCGCAGAGCGCAGAGCCCAGUCCUGGCUCAAGAUCAAGGAGGCCAAAUUCACCAAUUUUCCUGAACACAAACACAUCACAGAUCACCUGAGUCAUCUCAAAAUCACCAAGACUUGGUCAAGUUAAUGUGAGCAGAGAAAUGACAUGCAAAGACUGUCUUUAUAAUGUGACAAUAUAACAUGUUUAUGCUCUGUUAAAGCUCUGUUUUGUUAUGUGUAUUAUAUUAUAAUAUGAAGCGGGACUUUGUAUGUCAGCUGAAAAGCUACCAUAAAAAGUUGUCAACCAAGUCCACAAUAGUGUUUUAACUCCAUCUGCCUCCAUAAAACAAACCUGUAAACUGUGUGUCUGUGGUUGUGUAUCACAGACUGAAUCCACACUGCAACAGGACUGUAAUUUCUCCACAUUCAGUGCAGCUCCUUCAGAUAGAAACGGCUUAACAUUUUAAACCUCAUCUGUGGGUCCUUAUUUUAGCUCUCAUUAACAAAAUACACUUUCAAGUUGAGAAAGCCAGGCUUCCCGCUGGAUUUCUAUAAUUAUAUGAACUGCUGGAAGUGUAUUCCAUGAGGAAAAUGUUGGAGGAUUUAUAUAAACUGUCUGGGGAGCUUGGGCUAAAAUUAUGUAAUUUUACAAAGGGUUAAUUUCACUGUAAUAUAGCAGAAUGCAUUCUACUGUUUUACAUUUCAGUUGUGACUGUCAGUAAGCCCAGCUGUAGCUGAAAUUAGUGUUUAAUCCUUUUGAACCUUUGAAGUUAGAAAAACCAGGAAGGAAGAUGUAUUCGAGGUUCACGUAAACACUCAUGUCAUUCAUGGAUUCUCAUAAAAUGUAACAUUUUUGCCAUAGUGUGAUUCUGUUCAGGCUGCUGUAAUUUAGUAAUGUGUUUCUGUUUGGAAAAAUAGACUGUACUGACAUUAAUACCUGGUAGUCAGUGGCUAUCAGUGAUGAGCAUUGUGCGUUUGACCCUCUAUAAAACCUACAAUCUGCAACCUA